AUGCCCCUGGUUCCACGACUUUUUGGGGCAGCUUCUAGCGGGAUUCCAAGUUUUCUUCCUCAAGCGUCAAAGCAGCUUAAAGUUCUUGGCGUUCAAGAUUGUUAUAAUUUAAGAUGUACUCCUGAACUCUCAGCUUUCACGCAGUUGAAAAUUCUCCUAUUGAGCGAUUGUUAUGGAUUGGAGCAUCUCCACCCUUCUAUUGGCGAACUCACAAGCCUCGUUACCUUGGACUUGCGUUACUGUAGAGGUCUCAAGGAGCUACCAGAGGAGGUGGGUGGAUUAAAAGAUUUAAAAGUACUUCUUUUAGAUGACUCUGGUAUUACAGCAAUUCCUUCGUCUAUUGGUUCUUUGAGGAAAUUGAAGACACUACAUGCCUUCAUGUGUAAGUCACUGAGAGAAAUCCCCAACUCAAUUGGGGAUUUACAGAAUUUGCAAUACCUUAACUUGCAAUAUACUGCGAUCGAAAAGCUUCCCAGUGCUAUUGGAGGGUUGAAAAAUCUGCAGAUUCUAAAUCUCAGCUAUUGCAGAAGUCUGAAAGGGGCAAUUCCAAGUGAAAUCGGUGACUUGCCUUCCCUCGAGAGUCUCGAUCUUGAGUGGACAAGGAUAUCUGACCUGCCAGAAAGCGUCCGGAAUCUUUCUUCUCUCCAAAGCCUUAACCUAUGGGGCUGUAAGGAGCUCCGAUCGCUGCCAGAGCUUCCUUCGGGCUUAACAUGUCUAUCGGUUACUUGUCAGAGUCUUGGACUGCCACAGCUCCUUUGCUUCAUCCAUCUAAAAACUCGAUCUUGA